GGGUACAAUCAUGAGAAUCAAAGAAAACAGCCAAGACAAGCUGAGGCGUUACAUUCGAGCACCCAAGAGGUUUCUAAGAAAGGCUAGAGACUUCUAUGUGGAAAGCCUGGUGAAUUUUGAUGGAAGAGUUGCUGGCGUUGGCAAAGUGAUGGGCGGUCCUCACCCACCAUUGGCCAAGCACUUUGGCAGUCGCCCACGGAAAAGUAAGGAUAAAGAUGAGCUCAUGGAGCUUUUCGGGUCAAUAUCUAGGUGGAAUAUUGGGAGUAAAGAAGAGACUGAUGUGCAGGGUGUAAAUGAAAGGAGGGGGGCAGUGACUGGAUAUAAUGGUAUGGGGAGGAGUUUCAGCGUUGGGUUGGGAAGGAUAGGAACAAUUGAUGAGGAGAAGCCAUAUGAUUAUGAAGAAGAAGAGAUCAAUGUGAUUGAUAUAUUGUUUUCAAGGAGCAGAAGUUAUGCUGUUUCAAAUAGGAGGGUUGAAUUUUAUUAG